CCGACUGGCAACACACAAGACAGGAGUGGCACACCAUGUAAGGCAAGUAAAUCAGAGAAGCUGUCAAGCAAUUGAUUCUCUUUUUCUUUUUGAAAAUUUGCCUGUCGACCCUCGAUCUUCAAGAGAGAAACGUCCAUUUCACGCAGCAUCCCUCCCGUUCAAUCUAAAAAAAAAGUAUUUAUACACUGCAUCUCUAAGCACGCCCCAUCAGUGAUCAAGGUUGAUUAUGAUACGGCUGCGGAUGGUCUUUAAAUAAUCAGAUUACACUCUCUCUUUCCGUUUUAUUAAUAAUUACUCGGGUGUUAUUUCGUGUGUAUUCUCAACAAGAAACUCCUCAACUUUUUAAUAUAGAAAAAAUAAACAAUUUUUCAACUGUGGAUAUUUAUUGCGCUGAGGUAAGUUCAACAAUUAUUGAAGGAGUAUCAAUCAAAGAGACUGGCCAACAAUCAGGACAGUGUAAAAAGAUUCAAGAAGAUUUGGCAGAAUAGGCAAACACAAGCAGAACAGAGGGCGAGGGGGUGGGAGAUCAAGGGGCGGAAUGACACGACCUCCAAACAAUGAGAAUCUUAUGACUUUUAAACUCGUCGUAGUCGGAGAUGGAGGAGUUGGAAAAAGUGCUCUUACAAUACAAUUUUUCCAGAAAUUAUUUGUUACCGACUAUGAUCCCACCAUCGAGGACAGUUAUAUUCAGCACACCGAGAUUGACAAACAAUGGUGCAUUCUCGAUGUGCUGGAUACAGCAGGACAGGAGGAGUUUAGUGCCAUGCGGGAGCAGUACAUGCGAAAAGGAGACGGAUUUUUACUAGUUUAUUCAGUCACCGAUAAACAGUCUUAUGAGAAUAUUGUCAACUUUUACACACAAAUAUUAAGAGUCAAAGACAGAGAUGUGUAUCCAAUGCUGCUGGUAGCUAACAAGGUAGACUUAGUCCAUCUGAGAAAAGUAUCGGAGGAACAAGGCAGGGAAUUGGCUCAUCGACUGGGCAUUCCUUACAUUGAAACUUCUGCUAAAGAUCCGCCCUUAAAUGUAGAUGUUGCUUUUCACGAGGUGGUACGCAUCAUUAGGAACCAACCACCAGCGGAGCUUGAGAAAAACCGUCGAAAACGAAGGCGUUCAGGGAAGUGUAAUAUUUUAUAAGUCACGUACAUCCAACAUAGAGUCGCAAGAAAAAGAAGCGAAUUACAAAAAUUCUUUUACACAUUCAAUUCCCGAUGCGAGCUAAAUUAAUUAAUUAGUAUUUUCCUCAUUCCAAUGACUUUCACUAUAAAACCAAUCUUAUGAAAUGACCAAGCAGCAUCUUUUCUCGCGACACUAUCCGCAUUAAAAAAUGUCCGAAAAAGUGCACUCCUGCCAUUUAUUCUUGUGCUAAACGAAAAAAAAGAAGAAGGAAUAAACGAAAUUUAAAAACGACAUGAACGAAAAAAAAGACAAAGAAAAAGAUAACAAUAAUAAUUUAAUGAAUCGAUGAGUCACAUUGUAGAAUUGAGUUAGAUUUUUCACUGACGCCGCUGUAGAUUUAUAUUCCUUGUAUAGAAUUGGGAGGAGAUCCAUUUUUAACAAAAAAAGCCGACUGUAUUCAUAAAUCUUUUUGAUGCUAAAAAAAUACGAGACGGCGUCUACUCAUAAAUAUGUGAAGAGACAUCAAUUUUCUACCAUCGACGUAAACGGAAUUGAUCAUUUUUAAAUUGAUUUAUAAUAAUAAAUCGUAUAACACUAGAAGGGUUCUCUCACUCUUCGACUUUUGAACUUUGUCAUGAAAUGACUAUAAUAAUUUUGUAAAACAAGUUUAGCUCAUUUUAGCUGCCAAUAAGUUUUACUGUAUCGUGUUUUCUAAUUUUACUUUGCACGCUUCUUUUAGUCCUUAUUGUUAUUAUUUUUAAAUUUUUAAUAUUUAA